CUGUUCGUCAUUAGUAACUAAGCUUCCCUCGUAGUCUCAUCGUUUAGUUUCAUUUUGCCGUUCGCUCAGUUAACAGCUGCAAAGAACUCGUUAGUGGGAAAAUCUACAAUAAUGGCUCCAAAAGAUGUAAAAUUCAUAGACGAUUCUAUAAAAACCGACAACGAUGACAUGACAACAGAAAAGAUUGUUUAUAAGCCUCGAAUUCAAUGGUCGAAUGUUGCUGUUAAUCUCUUCAUUCACUUCGGUUCCUUAGUGGGUGUUUAUCAUAUGUUAACACUGCAACCAAAAUGGCAAACAUAUAUUUGGUUUCUGAUUGUGACCGUAUUGUGUAACUUGUCGGUAUGCAUUGGAGUUCACCGACUUUGGUCUCAUCGUAGCUUCAAAGCCGUACGAAAGUUGAGAUUACUUCUCUUGUUCUUUUACACUAUGGCUGGUCAGAGCUCCGUUUAUAAUUGGGUUAAAGUCCAUCGUGUACAUCACAAAUUUGCUGAAACUGAAAAAGAUCCAUUGAACUUUCGUCGAGGAUUCUUCUUCGCCCAUGUUGGGUGGUAUUGUCUCACCUUCCAUCCAGAAUGUGAAAAAGAAAUGAAGAGAAUUGAUAUGAAAGAUAUUGAAGCUGAUAAGGACAUUAUGUUUCAGUACAACAAUUACGAGAUUCUCUUUUUUAUAUUCAACAUAAUGUUACCAGUUCUUACACCUUGCUACUUUUGGAAUGAAUCAUUAUGGAUUUCAUUCUGGGUUUGCUUUGUCACACGGUUUGCUAUCAAUUUUACUCAAUUGAAUUUCACGAACAGUGCAAAUCAUUUCAUCGGACGUCGGCCUUAUGAUAAGGGACAAAGCGCGACUGAUAAUCUCGCAAUGGUUUUCUUCUCUUUCGGAGAGGGUUAUCAUAAUUAUCACCACGUUUUUCCAUACGACUACCGCAGUGGAGAAUUUGGUGACAUUGGUCAUUACAAUUUGAGUGCAGUUCUCAUUGAUUUCUUUGCCAAAUUCGGUUGGGUCUACGACCGAAAAAUGGUCUCGUCAGAAAUGAUUUCGCGACGUGUUAUGAAGUCAGGCGAUGGAACUCACUUUUUGUCGCAUGAAGAAGCUCAUAAAAAUGCAAUUUACGGUUAUGGUGAUAAAGACAUUGAUCCAGAUGAUCAAGAAGAUUUGGAUAAUAUGAAAAAUUAAUUCAACUUUAUUUAUUUCAAGUAAAGAAACAAAUUUAAUGCUUUUAAUGGAAAAAAAAUCAAAUAUUUAAAUCAUUCAAACAUUUUUAUCAAUAAAUUUCAAUUAAACAUCAAAUAUAAGAGAAAAUGUGUAAUUUA